AUGGCUCUACGCUUGCUGGCGGACAGCAACCACUAUGUUACUCAACAAGACGUGUACAACCUGCUGUUGCUCAGCCACCACGUUCGUCGGAAGGAUUGGGCCCAGCGGGUUCUGCCCUUUCUGGGAUGGCGCCUUUCGAGAGCAAGCGCCGUGGGCGCAAGUAGUUCCGCAACAUGUGCCAUCAGUCAAGCUGGACAGCUCGUCUGCUUCGGCGAAAAUGAAGAUGAUUUGCCACCAGACCUGGGCCCGGUGGUGGCCGUGGCUGCGGGAGCAUAUCACACCUGUGCCGUGAAGACGAGUGGCGAGCUGGUUUGCUUCGGAGCGAAUUACAAUGGUCAGUGCAUUGUGCCUGCCGACCUCGGUCCGGUCGUGGCUGUGGCUGCCGGAAAUUAUCACACCUGUGCCGUGAAGGCGAGUGGCGAGCUGGUUUGCUUCGGAAGCACUGGCAAUGGUCGGUGCGAUGUGCCUCGCGACCUCGGUGCGGUGGUGGCCGUGGCUGCGGGAUAUAGUCACACCUGUGCCGUGAAGGCGAGUGGCGAGCUGGUUUGCUUCGGAGGCAAUCGCUAUGGUCAGUGCGAUGUGCCUGCCGACCUCGGUCUGGUGGUGGCCGCGGCUGCCGGAUAUGUGCACACCUGUGCCGUGAAGACGAGUGGCGAGCUGGUUUGCUUCGGAGACAAUGAUUGUGGCCAGUGCGAUGUGCCUCCCGACCUCGGUCCGGUGGUGGCCGUGGCUGCGGGAUAUAGUCACACCUGUGCCGUGAAGGCGAGUGGCGAGCUGGUUUGCUUCGGAGGCAAUGAGUAUGGGCAUCGCGAAGUGCCUCGCGAUCUCGGUCCGGUGGUGGCCGUGGCUGCCGGAGUUCAUCACACCUGUGCCGUGAAGGCGAACGGCGAGCUGGCUUGUUUCGGACGCAAUGACUCUGGUGAGUGCCAUGUGCCGCCAGGCUUCAAGGUUCGGCUUGCCGCACAGUCCAUCGGCACACCCACACCCGAUCCAACGAAGGAGGUGCUGCAGCCGGUGCAUCACAGCGAGCCUGCUGCCGAUAAUUUCACAAGAGCAGAUCGCAGCUAUCGUGGCGGAGCAGGAGGGAUCUUGCGCAAGCCCUGA